AUGAUAUUCCGUCCGAAUUUAGACUUUGCCGUAAAUUUUCACACGUUUCCUAUUUACGUCUCGGAAACAGAUUUCUUUCCCGUGGAUCUGGAAUAUACGAAACCCGAGUACGUGGGAACGGGAAAUUUUGUAAAUUUAAUCCCGUUCGACUAUCAUCAAAAUUCUUAUUUCAGAUCGUUGGCAGCCUGUUACAUCGCCACCUUUAAAUCCGGAAUUUCCGAAAAUCAUUUGAAUAAUACGUUGUCCGAUUCCCAUCUGAUCACCUCCAUCGUGAAAUUUCACGUUCAUUAUCAGAUGGAAAAAUUCAUGAAAGAUCAAAAAUUAAUAGAUCAUUAUUUAAACGAAGACGAUCUUUACGUUUUAGGAAAAUACAUGCCGACGACCGAAACGUGGGAACGUCGAACAUUAUCGUCGCAUGCAAAUCUCGGGACGUGGUAUUAUGGAUUACCCGCCGAUACGCGACAAAGAAUUCGAAACCGGCAUUACGUUCGAACUCGGUACGGUGGAACGUUCAUCGAGUACGAAUAUUUAACGAAAAGACUUCCGAAAAAUGUGACGGAAGAUUAUAAAAUAUUCAUUCCAAAAACGUCGCGAGGACUCACGAAGAUCGGACGACGGUUAUUUCAACAGAGUCUGGAAGUUUACGUGUAUGCGGUUCUUGGUGCGCAGGCCAAAACCCGAUGGAGUAUCACGGGACAAGGUGCAAAAAGUUUACAGACCCAGGAUGUGUUUCGAAAAGUUCUAAAAGAUAGUAUCGUUCAGAAUGAUAUCACGACGAUCAUUCGAAACAUGCGUACGGCGAUCGCGGAUACGAACGUCGUGUUAAAUUUUGCGAUCAUGCCGGGUCUGAUUCUCAUUCUGUCCGACAUGCGGAUUUUACAAAAAACCCUGAAAGGUUACAGUAAUAUUUUAACGCUGGCAAAAAGUGGUAUGAGUUUUGGAAAAAAUGACGAGGUGAAUUUUACAGAACAGAGUCCGAUGAAAACUUCAACAAGUCCCAUAAAAAGUCCUGUGAAAACUUCAACAAGUCCUUCAACAAGUCCCGUGAAAACUUCAACAAGUCCCGUGAAAACUUCAACAAGUCCCGUGAAAACAUCAACAAGUCCAACAAGAGAUACAAAUUUACAAAAUCCAUCCACUUUGAAAAUUCUAGCCGUUGCAUCGAUGGGAGUUGCUUAUUUUCUAUUUAAAUAA